GAGUACAUUUCAUCUUGUUCGUGUAGUCAGUUGGCGCAUCUCCCAUGUUGUACCCCGGCGCUUGUUGUUGAGGGUAUCUGGCGGGGCAGACAACAUUGAGCUGCCUGGUACAGAGUCGACGAUGGAUGCAGAUGCUGCCAACAUCCCAUGCGUUGGAGAGCCGGCCCCUGUCUUCUCUGGGCCCAGGUGGACGGAACGACUCUCGAAGGGGACCCUGCUUCCCCGGGGUUGGGAUCGUCCUUUGGGGGGGUAUACUACCUCUAGGGCUUCUGAUGGAGUUUGGAAGUUUCGAGACAAGCAUUGAUGAUGAUGAUGGCGAAUCCUAUAAGAUCAAGGUGCUGACCAGUUACUUUAUUGAAACAGACCGAGCUUCCCUCACGAUAACGGCGACGAUUAAUAGCAAGGGGUGCGUAAGGACAAGCGCACGAAGCACAAGAAAAAAGCAGUAAACCAACAAGCCCACCGAUAAAAAAGAAAAGAAAGAAUAAAAAAAGAAUAAAAAAAAAAGGGGGAGAAG